ACACACAGUCAAUUCAUUUUUAAUUUUUCCACACCCAAAUCUCUCUCUCUCUCUCCUUGUUUAUCAGCUCAAGCCCCCACUAGAAAAGAUGCAUCACACAGAGCUUUGUCUCUUCAGCCUCCACUAUUCUUUUCUCCCAUUUUCAAAACCAAAACUUCAUUGUUUUUGUUUCCCUCUUGUCUCCAUCUUUCUUUACUGUUCUUGUCCCUUGUAAAUCUAUCUCGUUUCACAGUUAGGUGGGGCUGCUCAUCUUCCUAUUCUGUCAGCCUUCUCUUUACAAAUUACUCUUCACUAAAGUCCACUACCAAAGAAUUUUAAGCCUAGCCCUUCUACCUCAGCUUCUUAAAUAUGUGUAGUACUAAAGAAUAGAGUGGAAUCCAUCGCUUUUUAUAUCUCUUUCUUUUAACUUUCUUCUUGAAUCUUGAUCUUGUCUUUGUUGCUUCCCAAGAUGAGGACAAUCAUGGCGAAGACCCCUCAUGACUCGUCUUUCUCGUUCUCUCGUAGAUAUUUUCAUUGGAAGAAGAAGGUGGAAGACGAUGAUGAUAUGGAAUUGGAGGAUAUAUUGUCUUACAACUCCUCCUCGCGCUCUAACGAGGAGGAGUUCAAAGAUAAAGAGCUUGAUUCUUCUUCGGUGCAAUCAUUGAAUCCUCCGGUGAAAGCACCGAAGAAGAAGAAAUUGUCGGUGGUGACAAUUUCCAAGCUCCGUUCGGCUUUUGCUUUCGGAGGAAAAAGUAAAAGCCGAACUUCAGGCUCGGGCCUCGGGUCUAAAGUCAUAUGCACACUCUUCGGGUACCGAAGAGGGCAUGUCCAUGUUGCAUUUCAAGAUGAUUCUAAACUGGCACCAGCAUUUCUGGUUGAGCUUGCAACUCCUACCAGCAUUCUUGUUCGAGAAAUGGCAUCUGGGCUAGUCCGAAUAGCUCUGGAAUGCGAUAAAAAGUCUGUAAAGAAAGGCCUGAAGCUGCUUGAUGAGCCACUCUGGAGAACAUACUGUAAUGGCAAGAAAUGUGGAUAUGCAAUGAAGAGGCAAUGUGGGCCUGAUGAGUGGAAGGUGCUGAAUGCAGUGGGCCCAAUCACAAUGGGUGCUGGUGUACUGCCUGGGAGUGAAAAUGGAUCCGGGUCAGAAGGUGAGCUUAUGUACAUGAGAGCUAAGUUUGAGAGAGUGGUGGGGUCUAGAGACUCUGAAGCUUUUUAUAUGAUGAAUCCUGAUAGCAAUGGAGGUCCUGAGCUCAGUAUUUACUUGCUUAGAGUUUGAGCAUUGUGAUGGCUAAUGUGAAUCAUGUUAUUAGUUGAAGUUAAGUCAUGUUUAGUGAACUUGUUAGUUUUAAUUAUUGGAGCUACUUGUAAUGCGGUUGAUUUAAGUUUAAGAAAUGAAGAGUUAUGGAAUGGGGUAUAUAACUCUCUGUAUGUACAAGUCUUAUGGCACUGCAAUAAAUUUCCAGCAAA